AUGUCCUCUACAAAGAGGCAACAUCCCCAGUCUUUUCGUCAUGUUCGCGAUACUUCAACUUCAUCUGUUUGGUUAGAAAAUGUGAAUGGCCGUCAACAAACAAUUAAAGCCAAUUCUCUAAAUAAUUCUCCAAUUACUGUUCAACAAUAUUCUCCCAGAAAUAUUUACCAUCACGAAGAUGCUACUCAAUCAGAAGAAUUUCAUCCAUUUGUUGAAGAUUUAUUGCCUCAUGUUCGAGAAUUUGCUUUUGUUUGGUUUAAUCUACAAGCUGCUAAACGAAGACAUAAUAAGCGUUGUGAACAAAGUAUGACACUUGAUGAAGAAAGGCAAACAAAACAAAUGUUGAUGACUGAACGUCCUGAGGAAAAACAAAAAUGGGCAGGUCGUCUUCUAGGAAAAUUAAGAAAGGACAUUCAACCACAGUUCCGAGACAUUUUUGUUCAAUCAAUAACAAAUCCUCGACAACAGCCAGCCCUUUGUGUACUUUCAAAUCCUGAUCAAAAAGGCAAAAUGCGACGCAUUGACUGUUUAAGACAAGCUGAUAAAGUUUGGCGUUUGGAUUUGGUUAUGGUUAUUCUUUUUAAGAGAGUACUGACGGCGAAAGACUAGAGAAAUGUCCUAAUUGUCAACAACC